GUAACUGGGAAACCAAAAUCAGCAACAAGGAGAAAAGGCAACAACGCAAACGUGACAAAGGAGCGGACACUGAUGUAGGGGCAUCCGAUACCGCUGUCGAAGCUUUCACGACUAUAUCAACCCAGUCUACAAACAUCCGGAAAUCUAAAGGCCAAAGUGAAGCUUCUGCAGUGAACGGAAGUAGCUGGAAUGAGAAGCCAACAAAAGUGAUUCCCUCUCAGCUAGUGGAAGAAAAAUGGGUGCCCCCUACCAAUACAGCAGGCAAGAAGAAAGCGGAGCCCAGCACCUGGAACCAGGAUACCGUAGACUCUAAUGGAAAGGAGUGGAGCGCACCAUGGAGCGAACGAUCCAUCUUCCCUGGAAUAGCCACAUGGUCCACUGUGGAUUCAAGACUGAAUUCAUCUGAAAAGAGACCACAGUUCUCCACCAUUGGAAUAAACAAGGCUGUUUCUGCUGCAGUCAACGAUUCAGUUCCUCAGACAAGUUCAACUGAUAACCAAUGGGAAGGGACACCUGCAGAGCCCAGCAUUGAUGAUGAAUGGUCUGGUCUGAAUGGUCUGAAUUCAGGCGACCCCAGUUCUGACUGGAGUGCACCAGCAGAGGAGUGGGGCAACUAUGGAGAAGAGGACACUGCGCCAAAUCCACAGACUGAGGAGCCCGAGCAAGAAGUCCCUAAGGUUUCUGAUGAUGAUAAAGAUAAGGAUGAACAGGCUGGUCAAACUGCUGCUAGCAAAACUAAGAAGAAGAAAAAGAAGAAGAAGAAGCCAGAGGAGUCUGCCACACAGGAAGCAGAAAACGCAAAGGACACUGGGGAUGACCACAAGCAGAACUCUGUCCCAGCUCCUGUAAUCCCCACAGUGGUUACAAAAAGUAAAGAACAGAAAGAGAAAAAGACUGUCCAGGAGACACGCCUACAUACAGAGGCUCCUGUAUCUGCCAAGCAUAACAAUCCUGAGAAAAAGCCUCCCCAGGCGAAGCAGCCACAGGAGACCAACGCUUCCAUUAGCAAGCAAAACAGUGUGGCUCCACCUUCACAAGCUAAGUCCGAAGAAAGUUGGGAAUCCCCAAAACAAGUGAAGAAGAAGAAAAAGGCCAGAAGAGAAACGUGAUUUUCUUUCAUCACUGGGGAAUAAAACAUGUUCAGACGCUCUUGGAGAUUAUGCUGUUUAUGCAAUAAUUUGUGAACAUGUACAGAAUUUUAUAAAGUCUGCAUUUUUAAUAGUAACUACUGUCAACGAGACCUCCCUACAGGCAGGAGGGGAAAAAAAACACAACACAACAACACUCUAUUCAUGGACGAAAUCAAAACCAUACGGCGACUAUGGAAUUGCCCGGAAGAUGAUGUCUUUACCAACUGAGAACUUUUUAAUUUGAUAUAGAAGAGACUUCAAUUCCUGAUUUUUACAAUGGUGAAUCUGUUUACAUUCAUAUUGUGCCCGGUCUAGUCUCGGAGAAAGUGGAACCUGUGCGGGGGCCAUUCUGUGAAAGAGCAGUUCUGCCAUCUCAUUGUUGACACUCUUCCUCAUUGUCCUUAAUUAUUAUAAUUUUUUUUAUUUUUUUUGGCUAUUGGUAUACAAUAGCAGUGUGCCAGCCUGUAAGAGUAUCAUGGCAUGUGUGAGACGUCAUGAAUAGGAGACUGAAUUGGGAUCUAGCGAAUGUAUGAACAGUUCCUAUUACAUUUUUUUUUUUCCUCUUUUUUUGCUUACCUAUCGUCCUCCUCUUCUCUUUUUUGGGAUUAGGUUUAGCUUUUUAUGGUGUCCCUUUUUUUUUUUUCUUCCCCCCCCCCCCCCCCCCCCCUUCUUCAUCAUACUGUUAUGUCCCAUAAAUCGUAAUACUUGCACUCUUAGCCAUAGUGUGGCUAACAUACGUGUUUUUCAAGGAUGGCUGCCGGUGACAAAGCAGUUUCUAGGGCUACCAUUGGCAAUUGAGGAGAGGAGGCGGCCAUUUUUUCUUUUUUUUUUUUUUGUCAGUUAACGUGAGCUAUACUGGAUUCUCUGUAUGGGCAUGGCGGCUUUAGACAGCUUUAAUUGACGUUGUCAAGACCUCCAAUAAUCAGGAAUGUUUUUUACUGCCUUAACCUGUAGUGUCUAGAAUCAUGAGCAGAAUUAGUGUUUUUAUAAUACAGAAAUAGUAAAGAUACAUGCGUAGUCCUGAGAGUAGAGCCCAACCCCUCCCCCCCCCCCUCUUUUCUUACAACCUGUUAAAUCGUGUUGGUUUAAAAAAAACAAAACAAAAAAAAGUGUGUGGGUUUCAUCACCAUUUACCAUCAGUGUAAUUACGUUUAUUAAAAUUUGCAGCUAACUUUGUAUCUAUACAUCGUGCAUGGUAAGACGGACAUUGUAAAUAGCCUUACCAAAUGCUCCAAAAUCGGAACCUAAAAGGUCAAGACGAGCGUGGAGCGAGAUAGCCAUAUAUUUAUGACCCUUAAUCGUACAACGAAAACCGCAGUAUCGUCCGUGCAACUGAUCAGCUGUUUAAUGUUAUUGUCUUAUACGGUUACCACCUUGAAGAUCUUUCAUCUGUCAGCCUGUCUGGUUCUUAAUGGUUUCGGUACAUGUUUUCUACAGAUACGACUCUAGAAAACAUGGGAUUAGAGCAGUGUUUUCCAACCAGGGUGCCUCCAGCUGUUGCAAAACUACAACUCCCAGCAUGCCCGGACAGCCAGCGGCUGUCCGGACAUGCUGGGAGUUGUAGUUUUGCAACAGCUGGAGGCACCCUGGUUGGAAAAUACUGGAUUAGAGAGAAAAAUGUUUUUUUAUUUUUAUUUUUGAAACAGCGCCUCCCUUGUUCAUAGUUUGGUAGUGCAGCUCAGCCCCAUUGACUUGAACAGAGCUGAGCAGCAGUACCAUAAAUGUCCCAUGGUGCUGUUUAUUUUAAAAUAAAUAUGCACCCGUUUUUUUUUUUUGUUUUUGUUUUUUUUCUUCUUCUCCCCUCCCUAAUCCCAAAUGACUCUUUUAAAGGGGUUUCUCAUCGCAGUGGGAUUGACAUCCGCCUGUUGACUGGCUUAAAGCCAGACAUGCUUUGUGACGCAUGGAUGCCACAUGGACCCAGUAAAUAGUCCCGGCUGCACAGAUGCCUUUACUGAUCAUGUCAUGUUUAAUAUUGUUGAAUUAUUUUUAUUUUUUUUUCCUGGUGGGGGGGGAGGAUUUAAUCCCUGGGAAAACGAUUCCUAAUUUUUACACAUGUAUUAAAUAUAGAGAAUUCCAGUUGCAGGAACAUGUCAGAUGCGUUUACAUGUUCAGAACAUUUUGUUUAAUUCAGUGAUAUUUCUAAGUUGAUUUUGUUUAAAUAAAUCUUGCAAAUCCAGCUUG